AUGACCAACAGAACCGAACGAGCUAAGCGAAUGGAGAAGCUGCAUCGGCGGGGCCGUGAGCUCCGACGAUUCUUUGUCGUGCAUGUCCGCUACGGCGGAUCAAACCCCUGGAGCUUUAACACAGGGGACCUGUAUUACAUGAUUAAUUUCUGCCCGUUGUCAGAAGCCCGGCUGCAUGAGCAUCCCAGAGAUCCAACCUGGAUCAGCGACUACCAAGGCAUGCUUAAUGUUCGGGAGAAAUGGCGCAUCUCUAUGAGGAAGGAUGGCUGGUUACUUCCAGCCCGAGAGACGCCUGCAGCAGGAGUCACUGUAUCUACCGCCUCCACGACAUCAGCCUGCGACAUCCCUCUGCCAGAAGCUCAGGAGGAACAAAGAGGCAAGGACCAUAUUAUGCCGCCGCCUCCGCAACCCGCUCGACUCCCAUCCCUACAACACCAACCUGCUUUUCUCCUCCCCCCACUGGUUCAAGAUCACCACGGAGGAGACUACCAUCCUAUGCCGUCACCUCCACAGCCGGCCCAUAUCCCGCUGCUACUUCCCGAAACACAACAAGGCGGCGAGCCUGGUCGCCCAAUGCCUCACAUUCAUCUCCAGAACCCUCAGGAGUCCGGGUUUCGUUGGAAUAUCGGGAACGGUCUGCUCCAUGGCCUUGGCCGAAUGGCCAUUAGAGUAGGAGAUACGGUCGCAGAAGCUUCUGAACCUGGAUGGCAGCCAGGCGAGUUUGAGUAUGCCAACCCGCCGGAUGAGGCUUGGGGCCCGCUGCCGCCAGAUGCGCCUCCGUCGAGCCCGGAUAGGACGCACUCUCGUCCAGCCUCGCCGAGGCCCGACAGGAAGCAUUCUCGUCCAACUACACCAAAGGAGGCUGGAGAGAAACAGACCAAGCGCAUGCGUCUUGGGUAA